GAGGAGGGCGAGGCGCUUAUAAAUGGCGCCCAAGCAGGACCCCAAGCCCAAAUUCCAAGAGGGUGAACGAGUGCUUUGUUUUCAUGGACCUCUCCUUUAUGAAGCAAAGUGCGUAAAGGUUGCCAUAAAGGACAAACAAGUGAAAUACUUUAUCCAUUACAGUGGUUGGAAUAAAAACUGGGAUGAAUGGGUUCCAGAAAGCAGAGUGCUCAAAUACGUGGAUACCAAUUUGCAGAAACAAAAAGAACUUCAAAAGGCCAAUCAGGAACAAUAUGCAGAGGGGAAGAUGAGAGGUGCUGCUCCAGGCAAGAAGACAUCUGGUCUGCAGCAGAAAAAUGUUGAAGUAUUUUUCAGACGAGAUGGAGCGCAUACUGUUUGCUGUUUGGAGACCCCUACAAUAUCGACGCGGAAAACAAAAAAGAACAAACAGAAAACUCCUGGAAUUGGAGAAGGCAGCAGCACCAGCGAGACUCCCCAGCCUCCUAGGAAGAAGAGGGCUCGAGUAGAUCCAACAGUUGAAAGCGAAGAAACAUUUAUGAACAGGGUUGAAGUAAAAGUGAAAAUUCCAGAAGAGCUGAAACCAUGGCUUGUAGAUGACUGGGACUUGAUCACCAGGCAAAAGCAGCUCUUCUAUCUUCCUGCCAAGAAGAAUGUUGACUCCAUCCUAGAGGAUUAUGCCAGCUACAAGAAAUCGCGCGGGAACACCGAUAACAAGGAGUAUGCUGUGAAUGAAGUUGUGGCUGGAAUUAAAGAAUACUUCAACGUAAUGCUGGGCACUCAGCUGCUCUACAAGUUUGAGAGGCCCCAAUAUGCUGAAAUCCUCGCAGAUCACCCCGAUGCUCCCAUGUCUCAAGUCUAUGGUGCCCCGCAUCUACUGAGGUUAUUUGUGCGAAUCGGAGCUAUGCUCGCCUACACGCCGCUCGAUGAGAAGAGCCUGGCCUUGCUCCUGAACUACUUGCACGACUUCCUGAAGUAUUUAGCAAAGAAUUCCUCGGCGUUGUUCAGCGCCAGCGACUACGAGGUAGCGCCGCCCGAGUACCACCGCAAAGCCGUAUAGUGCUGGGCUCCCUCGCAGCCGAGCCRCUCCUCGGAUGAGCCUGCCCACUCCUGCGUCUUGCUCUUCAUCCUCCUCUUGCACAUGUCGCUAUUGCACAAACUCUGUAAACAUAACGUGAAUAAAGUUGUGUGUGUUCAAAUGGAACUGGCAGCUCUAAGGUCUGAAGACUUUCUUGCUCUGGAUUGGGAGCUGGAGUCUAUGGGAGUCUUCAGUGUUUCUCGCUUGCUACUAUUUUUUUUUCUCAAUGGAAUGUAGAAAAAAAUGCAAUUUUGGUAUUUCUUGUCUGAACUCCCCAGCACUCGUGGGUCUGGUCUGACAUUAAGACUUGCCUACCUAAACUGUUCUAUUGCUUAGUUAAACCUGGACACAGACCCACGGGCGUUGUGAUCACCUAGUGCUGACGCUGUUCACUACUCCAACUUUCAAACCCAUUUGCUUUCAUGGUGCUGAAAGUGAAAUGUUUGGUCAAUUAAAUGUAUGCUUUUAUUUAGAUAGUUGAAGGACUGUGAGUUUUUUACAUUCUAACAAUAGGAAAACCCAUUAUCACACC